UUUUCCGAGGAAACGAUUGAAAAGGCCAGCGCGUGCAAGUACCACUUGCGCCAGCACUAUCGCCACAUGCAUCGUGUGCGCGUGGACCGCGUUCGCCGACGUCAAGAUCUGGAAGAGGAAAUGAACCAGUACCAGCUUCUGGAUCGGGAAAAGGCCCAAGUGCGGGCUGGCCUCAUGCGCUUGGAGACCAAUCACCUGCGGCGUCAGCGCCAACCCAUCACCCUCAACAUGUUUCACGUGCUUCGCGCCAUCGGCCAAGGGGCCUUUGGUACCGUCUCACUGGCCAAGUGCACCGAGGACAAUCAGGUGUACGCGCUGAAGCAAAUGUCCAAGCAAGACAUUAUCGACCGCCGUCAGGUUUCGCACGUUCGCGCUGAGCGCGAUGUCCUGGCCCAGGCCGACAGUGACUGGGUGGUCAAGCUGCACUAUUCCUUUCAAGACCCGCGCUACCUGUACUUUGCCAUGGAGUAUCUGCCCGGGGGUGAUUUACUGGAACUACUCAACCGGUACGGCGUCUUUCCCGAGGAGGCGGCUCGCUUUUACAUGGCCGAGCUCGUGAUGGCCGUUUCCUCGGUCCACAACAUGCAGUUUAUCCACCGCGACAUCAAGCCGGACAACGUGCUGAUAGAUGCAGAGGGGCAUAUCAAGCUGGCUGACUUUGGUCUCUGCACCGGCUUCAAGUGGCGCAAGGAGGAAAGCUUUUACAACUUUGCCGCUGUGGAUACAGCGCCCAUUGAUGAACAGGCCGAACUCAUCGGCUGUACCUGCACGCAUCAAACGCGUAGUAUGGCCGAGUCGCUGGUGGGCACGCCCAACUACAUUGCACCCGAGGUUUUCCUGCGCCAGCGAUACGACGAGCGGUGCGAUUGGUGGUCCUUGGGCGUCAUGCUGUACGAGAUGUUGAUUGGCAAGCCACCCUUCUCGGCGCCCACGCCACUGGCCACGCGCGAUCGGGUCAUCAACUGGCGGCAGACAUUGCGGGUGGCUGUUGAUAGCAACCACUCGGCUGCCGCUACGGAUCUGAUUCUGCGCCUGUGCUGUGACGUUGAGCAUCGCCUUGGGUCGGAACAAGGCGUUUCGGACAUUAUGGCCCACCCUUUCUUCACGGGCACGGUUUGGGAUCGCACCAAUCCGGUGCCC